AUGGAGAAUAUUUCUGAAUCAACACGUAAAAAUUCUAAUGAUAGCAAUUUUCCUUCGCCUUCUAGCAAAGAACCAUAUAAUCCAAAAGCUUAUAAACCAUCUCAUUCCCUCGCACCUCAAGAUAAUCCUGAUGAGGAUUUGGAGAUUGGUGAAGGAGGAAAUAAAAAAGGAGGCUCCGUUGAAACAACGCCAUUACCAAUGUUCCCGCUGUUUGUGUUGACUUCAUCUUUUUUCUUUGCUCAAUUCUGUUGUGCAAUUUUCUGGGGUUACAUGUCUGAUAAAUUUGGUCGACGUCCAAUUUUGCUGCUCGGAUUGCUGGGUAACAUUAUAACUUGUGUAUCAUUUGGAACAAGUAAAACUUUAUGGUGGGCUAUAGGCUCCAGAAGUCUUAAUGGUGCUUUAAACGGAAAUGUUGGGGUGGCAAAAAGUAUGCUUGGUGAGAUAACAGAUUCUACAAAUAAAGCAAGUGCUUUUUCACUGUUUGGCUUAACUUGGGGUCUUGGCUGUAUAAGACCAACCAUUGGUGGUUAUUUGUCGCAUCCUGCUGAUCAUUUUCCAAGUAUUUUUGGCAAUGAGUUUUGGAGAUAUUAUCCAUAUUUGUUGCCGUGUCUUGUUGCAUCAUCAGUUUCAGUUACUGGACUUGUAGUUGGAUAUUUCAUGUUACUUGAAUCGCAUAUUCCUAAUCAGAAAUCUGAACACAAGCCUGAGAGUGAACCGUUACUUAAUAAGAAACAUAAUAAUCGUUCGGGUGAUGUUGAGUCUUCUUCGUCGUCAUAUGGCACUAUUAAUCCUCUCAGUGGUAAAAUAGACGGGCGACAGGAUCAUAAUGAAACAGACUGUGAUAAUCUUAUGAAUAAAUCUAUUGUAGGGAAAUGUAGUGGAGAAACGUGUAUCACUGACAAUAAUUCAACAUUAAGCAAGAAAAGUGACGAUAGUUCCAUAGUAACACCAACGGAUAAUCGGAAAUUUCGUCGUAUUUUACGCGACAUAUCUCCUGCUAUUCCACCUCUCAUCUCCUAUGGGAUGUUGGCUUUUUUGAUAAUCUUUGACGAAGUAUAUACGAUAUUCGCAGUAACUCAAGUUUCCGAUGGUGGUCUUGGCUAUCGAGCUCAGGAUCUUGCACUCAGUUUAGCAAUUAUGGGUUUCCUUACUUUAAUCUGUCAAUUUGUAAUUUACCCGCCACUCGUUAGAAGAGUUGAUCCCAUGCAAAUGUUUCAUAUCGCGUGGUUUCUUUGUAUUCCUGUUUACAUGACGUUUCCAUUAAUAAACACCCUAAAACGGUCACUCAAUUGUUAUUUCGAAUCUGAGAAAGGUGUUAUCGUGUGCCCUGAUCAGGGAGAUUUAACGAGUGAACGUAUAGUUUGGUGUGUAUUACUGGGAACAUUGGCUCUUCGUUUCCUUUCGAAUGUUAUCUUAUUUACAAGUAUUACGAUUGCGAUUUCAAAUACUGUUUCACGAGAAGUUCUUGGCACCGUAAAUGGAAUAGGACAAACAACAGCAUCCCUUGCUCGUGCUAUUGGACCCGCGUUAGGAGGAAUUCUUUGGGCUUGGUCUUUAAACAAUAAUCUCAAAUUCCCAUUUGAUCGACAUUUUGUCUUCAUUGUGAUGAGUAUAAUAGCGUUUAUUGGAUGGCUACAGAGUUAUAAGAUAGCACGCGGUAACGGACGUAUAAUCUUCAACGCUCGCGUUGUCGUGCUCCUGCGAACAAAUGAUAGUAAGCAUCCGACGGUCGACGAAAGCAUUGCCCGCACUAUGCCAGCUGCCGAACGGUCGACGACUAGAUUGCAUAAAGGCAUUGCCCCUGUGUCGAAACUAGCGAAAAUGUCCGGACGGACCUGUGUUAUGAUUAACUACACCAGUGAUAAUAUAGCAGUAUCAUCAUCUCCGAUAGAAGUAAAUAACUAUCGUUUUUGCUCACCCGGGACAUCAACGAAAACCGCUUACAACCGCAUUCUAUCCUUGGUGUUUACAAAAUUCUAUGGCGGGGUGGAGCUUAUCGUUCAUUAUCGUUAUACCAUUUCGGGAAUAUUUUGGGGGAUGACUUUACGAGAGGUAAAAAGUUAUUCGCAGAAGGAGGUGAAAAAGAGUUAUUUGCAGAAGGAGGUGAAAAAAGGUGAAAAAGAGUUAUUCGCAGAAAGAGGUGAAAAAAGACACUAUCUCACGAUACGUGUGAAUAUUACCGAUCAUUUUAUCAUGACUACGUGA